AUGAACCACAAAAAACCAUGUGCCUAUGUGUUCUGUAAGACUCGCUCACAUUGGGUUCACACAAACAUCAUCUCCCUGGCUCCCGAACACAGAUGGCAUGAAUAUGUGGAUUCACUGCUGGUGACGUGCCUCACCGAGGAGUACCCACCAGCUUUUUCCGCGGCACUAGCUGGAGCAGUAGCUGAUUGUUUCCUGGGUCCUUUGCAAGCGCCUGAAAUCGAAGCCUGGGUACAGGAGGCCCUUCAGGCCUGCGCUCACAUUCGUACAGAAGCACAAUGGCUUCCCGAUUUCCAAGGCUGA